AUGAAGCUCGUUGACCUGCCCCCUGAGCUCCUGCAGGAGAUCCUGCGGCAUGCUGUCGUUACAGUGGGCCUUCACCGCGCAUUUCGACUGAGACUGGUUAGCAAGUUGAUCGACUGUGAAGCUCUGCGAGCCAUCUUUGCCACUCACCUCAUUCAAGAAAGACGAUACCGAAACAUCGAUCCUAUAGGUAUCCCCAUCGUAUCAAAGUAUUUGGAGUCGAGAAGUCUGGCCGAUGCAGCAAAGAACAAUGCGUUCACAGCCGAAAUUCGGAAUACUACAGAUGCACUCAUGGAAGAGGAGGAAGAUGAGUCCUCGGGACUGGUUUGGAGGAAGCACAUCCACGCACUGUGCUGUGCAGCCACAAAAACCAUGGGCUGCUCUUUGGUGAUCGAUCACCUGAACGCCGGUUUGACAGAUAAUGUUGUGACGGGACAAGGGUCACAAAACGUUUUGGCAGCAGCGGCAUAUACCGGAAGACUUGCAAGAGUCCAAUCUAUGAUUGAAGAGGGCAGUGACACAAAUGCCACAAGCGAUUACUUCGGAACACCCUUACAAGCCGCGGCUAGUGGAGGCCAUAUGGAUUCUGUCUUAUUGCUUCUCGAGAAGGAAGCCGACGCCAUGACGUCCUUGGUACCCGCCAGUUCUACGUCUCGCUACUCUUCCGCUUACGAAAAUAUCGUGACCGCUCUACGGGCCGCAUCAACGGCAGGCCAUGAGGAUAUCGUUCGGCUGCUCUCGGAUUCGAAAUACGAAUUCGAAGAUUCACACAGGGUUUUCCAAUUCGCUGCUUGUGACGCUGCGCAAAUGGGUCAUGCAAGUAUAGUGCGCUUCUUACUAGACCGAAUCGAAACCGCAAGACGACCACGGUUGCAAGAACUGAUACUCUUGGCUGUUUCAGAACAUGGCCAUGAGACCAUUGCUCAGUGGAUGCUUGACCUUGGGACCAACAUUCAUGCUGGUCUAGGGAAUAGAGACCCGCCGAUACAAAGAGCGGUUGCCGGAGGUUACUAUAGAAUUGUGCAGUUACUGCUAGCCGGAGGCGCAAGCCAGGUAGAGGGCAGGCACGGAACGCUGUUGCACCAAGCCGCCUGGAGAGGCUUUGUCAAAGUUGCGCAAGUGCUGAUCGAUCAUGGUGCCGACAUCGAUGCCUGCCGGCCCACUCCAAUCGUCGUGGCCGCAGACUGUGGGCAUGUGGACAUGGUCCAGUUCUUGAUAGAGAAAGGGGCAAACUUGGGUCUAGAGGCGAGCGGCCAUAUGGCGCUCAGCUGUGCUGCACGGAAUGGUCACGAGUCAGUCAUACGCUUACUCGUUGGGGGCGGCGUUGAUGUCGACGGUACUGACGAAGAGCGCAAUCCAUUGCUGAACGCAAUCCUUGAAGGGCAUAAUCAAGUGGCGAAGGUGUUGGUGGAACUAGGAGCGGAGAGGAAGGAUCCCUCGCAAAACAAAUUCGCUAAGGAACAUGCGAAGUUCCUCGCCAGAGGUAGUUACGGGAAAGGCCAUCGCUUGAAGGCCAAGAUUUCUUAUGACGAGCAUAUGCUAACUUUCCAACGCCUCGCCAAAUCUCUUUUCCCCCCGGAGUGA